AGACACACACAGACACACUACGUACACACUUACACAUAUACACACACACAGACACACAGACACACACAGACACACUACGUACAUACUUACACAUAUACACACACCUAGACACACAUUUUUCCGAUCUUUGAAGGUCUGGGAACGGAAAAUAUAAAAAAACACAAAUCUCCGAAAACCACUUACAGACGCAUACAAAGACAAAACCCCCCCGUAUAGCCGACUGAGUCUGUUGGGGCAAGCACAUAUGAAGGCCACCACCCCGCUGCGCGACGAGGGCAACAUCUACCGGCCGCAGAAUCGCGGCGUCACGGCGGUGGCGGACGUGAACCCCGCGGCGGCGGCGGCGCUGAACGGCGACACGCCGGGCGGCGGGGCGGACGCCCACACGCGGGAGAUCGACCUCGUGCAGAGGGACCCCCGAGACCUCAACCGCGACGUCGUCCGGGUGGAGUUCGAGGACGUGAUCGCCGAACCGGACAGCGCCCACAGCUUCGACGGCGUGUGGAAGGCCAGUUUCACGGCCUUCACCGUCUCCAAGUACUGGAGCUACCGCCUCCUCACCGCACUCGUCGGCGUGCCUCUGGCGCUGGCCUGGGGCGUCGUCUUCGCGCUGCUCACCUUCCUGCACAUCUGGGCCGUGGUGCCCUUCGUGAGGAGCUUCCUCAUCGAGAUCCAGGCCGUGAGCCGCGUCUACGGCGUGUGCGUGCGCGCCUUCCUCGAUCCGCUCUUCCAGGCCGUCGGCAAGGUCCUCUCGGGCAUCCACGUCGUCCGUCGCAAGGAGGUCGAGUGACCCCACCCCGCCCCGCCCGCCCGCCUCCCGACGGACCCAUGACGACCGCCCUCCCGCCAUGGUGAUGCCGGGGUCGAUGGUGGGGGAACGACGUCCCGGUUGCUCGCUCGGUCCAUUGAUUGGUUGAGCGAGCGGUCGGAUUGCGCCGAUCAACUGACUGACCCGCUCGAUGGACAAGCGCGAUCGCUCGCACACCUUCGGUCCAGGACACCUGGCCGUAUGGCCGCCACCAUUCAUGCGAGCGAGCGAGCGAGCGAGCGAGCGGCCUUCGGUGGAGUUGACCGCCCCGUCCGCCCGCUCGCCCGCUCGCUCGCUCGCUCGCUCCGUAAACCAACCGACCGCUCGCCUGUUCUGUCCAUUCCCUGCCCAGUUGACCCUUCGCACCCACGAAUGACUACACUUCUUAACUCACCCGCUCGCUCGCCAAUCAGCUACUUAACCUCGCGCACCGCUGGCCCGCUCGCUCGCUCUUACUCAGCGAAGUGUGGCACAGCGAGUGACAGCUCUUACUCGGCAAAGUGUUUCUUCGAUUUGCUGUUUGCCCGCUCGCCCGGCCACCCGAUCAGCUGCACCGCUUGUGUGGGUUGACAAAAUCACCCGUGCGGUCGACCGCUUGUUCGAAUGCUCGCUCGAUUGCUUGACGAGUCGACCGACCACUCGCUCAUACAGCCACCGGCUCAGUUGCUCGAUUCAACCACUCAGCCGCUCAAUUGAUCAUGAAUUCAGUGAACCGCUCGAGUCAAUUUCAGCCGCCCGCUCAGUCAACCACUCGCUCAGCCACUCGCUCAGCCACUCACUCAACGGCUCGCUCAGUCAACCACUCGCUCAGCCACUCGCUCAGCCACUCACUUAACGGCUCGCUCAGUCAACCACUCA